GAAGCUGGAAUGUGAGAAGCUGGUGAGCGAGAAGACGGAGAUGCAGAGACAUUAUGUCAUGUACUAUGAGAUGUCCUACGGGCUGAACAUUGAAAUGCAUAAACAGGCAGAGAUUGUCAAGAGACUGAGUGCCAUCUGUGCCCAGAUUAUACCCUUUCUGACACAGGAGCACCAGCAGCAGGUCCUGCAGGCUGUGGAGCGGGCCAAGCAGGUGACCAUGGGGGAACUGAACAGCAUCGUCGGGCAGCAGCAGCUUCAGCACCUCUCCCACCACGCAUCCCCCAUCCCGCUGACACCCCACCCUUCCAGCAUGCAGCCUUCUAGCCUGAGUGGGGUCAGCAGCACCUCGGGGCUCCUGGCCCUCUCGGGGGCAUUGAUGGCACAGUCUCAGCUGGCUGCCAAGGAGGACAGAGUGGCCCAGGAUGGGGAGAACAGAGAGCGCACGCCGAGCCGGAGCAUUUCUACUUCCCCUCCCGAGAGCCUGCAGGAUGAGGAGCGGACAGGAGGCACGGGGCUGAAGCGGAAGCGGGAGGAGAAGGACCUGCCUGGGCAUUAUGAUAGCGAUGGGGACAAGAGCGACUACAACCUUGUGGUGGAUGAGGACCCCCCCUCGGAGCCCAGCAGCCCCGGCCGCGCACCCAGCAGCCGGCUCCCGCCAGCCCGCCGGGAGAUGACUGAGAGCCCUGCCUCCAUCAACUCUAGCCGGAGCACGACGCCCCUCAAGCCGAAGGACCAGAGUCUGACUGACCCUCCAGCCAGUGCUCCCAUCUCCAAGCCCUCCGCUUCUUCGCCGCCCCGUGACUCCCUCACACCCGGCCCUGGGCCCAGCUCGGCCACCCUGCUCCGGCAGCCCCCUGCCAAGGCACCUGCCACCGACACCAUCACUCUCCGCAGCCCGCUGAGCAUGUCCAGCCCCUACACGUCCUCCUUUGGAAUGGUGCCUCAUGCCACCCUCAGUGGGGAGCUCCCAGCCCCCAGCAUGUACAUGGGCAUCCACCUCUCACCGCAGGUCAGCAGCGCCGUAAUGUAUGGCCGGUCCCCGAUGGUGGCUUUUGAGUCGCACCCUCACCUGAGGGCUUCUACCAUCUCAUCUUCACUCUCCACCAUCCCUGGAGGGAAACCUGCCUACUCCUUCCACGUCAGCGCCGACGGGCAGAUGCAGCCGGUGCCUUUCCCACCUGAUGCCCUCAUCGGCUCUGGCAUCCCCCGCCACGCGCGGCAGCUCCACACCCUGACCCACGGUGAGGUGGUCUGCGCUGUCACCAUCAGCAACUCCACGCGACACGUCUACACUGGGGGCAAGGGCUGUGUGAAGGUGUGGGAUGUGGGGCAGCCAGGCACCAAGACAGCCGUGGCUCAGCUGGACUGCUUGAUCUUCUCCCUGGGGUACUGCCCGACGGGAGAGUGGCUGGCAGUGGGCAUGGAGAGCAGCAAUGUGGAGAUCCUGCACGUGACCAAACCAGACAAGUACCAGCUGCACCUCCACGAGAGCUGUGUCCUCUCCCUCAAAUUCGCCUCCUGCGGUAGGCUCACCAUGUUUUCUGCUUGGGCUGUGUUGACUUUGGAAUGGGGGUGGCUCCGUACCUGGCGGACACCCUAUGGAGCCAGCAUCUUCCAGUCUAAAGAGUCCUCGUCGGUGCUGAGCUGUGACAUCUCUGUCAAUGACAAAUUCAUCGUUACGGGCUCUGGCGACAAGAAGGCCACAGUGUACGAGGUGGUAUACUGAGGCCUGGUCCGUCACUGUCCCUCAUCCAUCAGGGAAGCGCAAGGUCUUGUCCAAAGCUGCUGGGCCUGGCAGAGGCCUCCCGUGCUGGGUCAGUCAUCCCGCAGCCCUGCUCUCCUUCCUCCUCCUCUCCUUUCAGCUGCCAAAACAAGGCCAGGGCACUGGCCCUGCUCCCUGCCCGAUGUGUCGCAAAGGUGAAGGGAAGAGCUGGAGGUGAGCGCUCAUUGUGGCCCAGCAUCCCCCCCAAGCUGGGCAGCAGGCAGGGGCUGGUCUAGGUAUCCUACAGCCUUUCUGUCCAUCAGGGCUGGAGGCACAGGGAGCUGGAGGGCCAGCAGGGCAGCAAGGCGAGGCCAAGAGUGGCUGAGAGAGUGUUGCUCCUGAAAUACUGCUACUGAUUUAAUGGCCCCCAUUUUCUGCUGCAGAAACAGCUGUAAAUUAUCAGUAAAGAAAUGUAUUUAACUGUGUUUUCAAUC